AUGGAUGCUGUUAACAACCCAACUCACCCAUCAUCUGAAUUGCCUCCGAUAGUUGCUACUAACACUGAAGAAGAUACCGAAGAAGGGAAAGAUGUCUACCGACCGGGCGGAUUCCACCCUGUCCACAUUGGCGACGUGUACAACAACAGAUACAAGGUAUUGAACAAGAUCGGAUAUGGUGUCUAUUCGACAGUUUGGCUUGUUGAGGACACAGAGAAAGAGUUAGUUCACACUAUAUAUUCGCUGCUACUUAAGUACUUCUUGCUAACAACGACGGAAAGGAAUGGCGAUUUUUGUAGAUAUCUUGCCCUUAAGAUUCUGAGUGCAGAAUGCUAUGGCACUGAGAAUCAUAUUUUUGAGAAGGAAAUUCUGCAAAAACUAAGAGACGGUGAUCCUAAGCAGCUUGGAUAUGAUCAAAUUUGCCAUCUGGUCGACGACUUUGAACACCAGGGUCCAAAUGGCUCGCAUAUUUGUCUUGUCUUUCAUCUCAUUGGGGAAACUCUGGAGAGCUUCCAGGAAUGGUUUCCAGAAGGCCGUAUCCCAAAUCAGGUUAUGCGGCGUAUCACAAUCCAGAUGCUCUUAGCACUUGAUUUUGCUCACGACCAUAACGUGAUUCACACAGACAUCAAACCCAGCAAUAUCUUCGUGAAGAUACGGGAUAUGUCUCUUAUCAAUUCCGGUUACCUUACUCAAGUACCUGUCCCGCAGCAGGACAGGACUGAACAAUAUUCCGUGAUCCCGUCUAUUCCCCUUCGUCAGUAUUACUUCAACACAUCGGACAGGUUUGACCAUUUUGAUUUUAUCCUCGGGGAUUGGGGAGUCUCAAGUUGGAUUGAUAGGCAUCUUACAGAGAACAUUGAACCUGUCGCCCUCCGCUCCCCUGAAGUUCUCAUUAAGGCACCAUGGGAUCAGACUACCGACCUUUGGAAUCUCGGGGCUAUUCUCCUUGAACUCUUUUGUGCGGUGCGCAUGUUUAUUGGCACAGUUCCUCCAGACGGGCAUUACGAGGUCAAACAGCACUUGGCCGAGAUUGUGCAUCUGUUCGGUCCUUUGCCCAAGUCUUUACUCGAAAAGGGAGAUCAAGACCUUGUUCAAUCUAUUUUCGACGAUGAUGGAAUGCAUCGGGAUGCUAUUCCUGCAGAUACACCUGGAAUUUCAUCAGAGGGUUUUACACCAUGUUUAGAGGGAAGGGUUAGAGAACACUUUGUCUCUUUCUUGUUGAUGUUAAUGAGGACAAACCCGACAGAGCGACCAUCGCCUGAAGAUCUCCUUCGGCACCCUUGGCUGGAUGCACUGAAGUAA